ACGGGAUUCGGUGGGAUAAAAUUUGAUUUUACUUUUUUACCCCUUUCUAUCCCCAUGAUUCUUUACCUUUUUUCUUAAUAUUUUUUUGGCCAAUGCCUUUUUUACGAUCGAGACGGCGCACAUCAACAGAGCACCGACAACAGCAUGCCGAUCGCCAGAAUCCAUCUUCUCCCCCGAUUCUGCUCCUUUUUCCUCCCCUGCACCGAGCAACAAAAGACCCAGCCAAACCGACAGCCUUCCCUUUGAAAAAAACCGGUAAAAGCUUGGGGAUUUCUCCUUCUUUUCUUGCUCUAGAACACACAUAGAACCCAGAAACUUUGCCCCCCUGCAGAGAAUUUCCGGAUCUGCUUUGCUCUGUUCCUCACCAUCGGCUGCUCCUGCUUUGUGGGGGCGAAUUGCUCUAGUUUUUGGUUUCCCCUAAAUUUCCCUGCACUUCCCGCCGGCUUCCCCAAUCUGCAGGCUGGAAUUCUGGACGCGAAGUCAAGGACGGGAAAAAACGAGGGGAGUGAUGAGUUAGAAGGCUAGCCAUUUUGUAAAGUGAACAUAGAUUGUAAAUACAGAUCAUGAUCUUAUAAGCUAGAUUUUAAUUGGAGAUCUUAUAAAUUUAUUUAAUGGAUUGUUAGUUUACAAGAAAUUUGACAUUGAGAU